CCCCCCUUUUUUUUGGGUUCCCCCCCCCAGAGAGGCGAUGGCCGACGACCUGGACUUCGAGACGGGGGACGCGGGGGCCUCGGCCACGUUCCCCAUGCAGUGCUCGGCCCUGCGCAAGAACGGCUUCGUCGUCCUCAAGGGCCGCCCCUGCAAGAUCGUGGAGAUGAGCACCUCCAAAACGGGCAAGCACGGCCAUGCCAAGGUACCCCGGGAUCCUAAAAUACCCCAAACUGAUCAGGAUCCAGGACGGGUCCCUGGGGGUUAUUUGGGGGUUACCUGUGGUCUCACCUGUCCGUACCUGUCCCAGCUGAUCGGGAUCCAGGAUGGGUACCUGGGGGUUCCCUGGGGGUUCCCUGCUCUCACCUGUCCGUACCUGUCCCCCCCCGUGCAGCUGAUCGGGAUCCAGGACGGGUCCCUGGGGGUUAUUUGGGGGUUCCCUGCUCUCACCUGUCCGUACCUGUCCCAGCUGAUCGGGAUCCAGGACGGGUACCUGGGGGUUAUUUGGGCUGAUCGGGAUCCAGGACGGGUCCCUGGGGUUCCCUGGGGGUUAUUUGGGGGUUACCUGUGGUCUCACCUGGUCUCACCUGUGCAGCUGAUCGGGAUCCAGGACGGGUACCUGUCGCUGCUCCAGGACAGUGGGGAGGUGCGGGAGGACCUGCGGCUGCCGGAGGGGGAGCUGGGCCGGGAGAUCGAGCAGAAAUACGACUGUGGGGAGGAGAUCCUGGUACUGGGGGCACUGGGG